AAAAGCAAGCGUGGGGUGGAAGGGGCGCAGUGCCUGGUCACUCUAGGCACCACGGAAACUACAACUCCCGUCAGUCUCCGCGGCCGCCUGGCCCCACCCGCCUCCCGCUCAGCCCGCGGCGGAGGCGCUGGGCUUUCAUCCGCGGAGCGGCGGGAGCCAGACCUGUCUCUGCGGUCUUUCCCGACGGUCGCUCGGGAGUCGGCAGCAGCCUCAGUCGCGUUCAGCUUCUGGGUCCGUGUCAACAACGAUCCCUGACGCAGCGAGAGGAUGGUGGUCCGCGUGUUCGUCGCCUCAUGCUCAGGCUUCGUGGCGAUCAAGAAGAAGCAGCAGGAUGUGGUUAGAUUUCUGGAAGCCAACAAGAUAGAGUUCGAGGAGGUGGACAUCACCAUGUCGGAAGAACAGAGGCAGUGGAUGUACAAAAACAUUCCAUCUGAGAAGAAGCCUGCGCAGGGCAACCCUCUGCCUCCUCAGAUAUUCAAUGGGGAUCGAUACUGUGGAGACUAUGACAGUUUUUUUGAAUCGAAGGAAAGCAACACAGUCUUUUCAUUCUUAGGCCUAAAGCCACGGCCAGCGUCCACGGCUGAACCUUAGAGGUAGAGUGGAAGGUGAUGGACUUGCAUUUUGGAGCAUCCCCUGGUACUCAGCACUCACCUGCUUACCUGAUGCAUCACUGUGACAAAGCCACACACACAAUCUGUAACUUCGCUUGACCCGGAGAAGGUGUUUUUGGAGGAUGUGGGAAUAAUGGGGACUGCGUGAUUGCUCUCAGCCAAUCAGGACUGUGGUGGUGGUUCUCUUAUUUUUCUGAUUUGUCUGCAGUUGCCUCACUCACCUGAAAGUACUCUCCUCUGUGACAGGUCGGCUUCCUUAAUGACUGACAGAUAAUUGGGUAGCACCAUCAGGGAAAAAACACUGGACCUACCCUAGGGUUUAUUAGAAACCGGUCUUGCAGAAACCCAUUCCUCUCUAAGCUGCCUGCCUGCCUGCCGUCCUUGAAACCAUUUUGCCAGGAUGGUAACAUCAUUGAAUCCGAAAGAAGAAAGCAGUGCUGGCUGACAAAGGACUCUGAGGGUUCUUGUGGUAGCGUCACAAAUGUCACUACUCUGCUACUUAACGCCUGCUGGAAAAGCUAGAUGCUCUCAACUCCGUUCUGUAGUGGAGACCCUCACUUCUGUAUAUUCUCCAGGUGCUUCCAAAACCACCAUUGCAAGAUCUAAUGAUCACAGCCAAGUUACAAGGCAGAAAAGAAUUGCUGCUUUGGAAAAUGUCUCCUUCUUUAUCUCUUGCAAGGGGGAAGUUUCACUGUAUGCAUAAGCCUCCUUGAGAGGUCUGUUUUGAGAGGUGCACCGCUCACAUAGUAAGUUAAUAGAGUUUGCUCGUCAGUGUGCAGAAGCGUUUUCAGCUCGUGUAGUUUGCUUGCACACACAUGCACACAUAUUUUUAAACGCAGCUCCCCAAAGUAACAGCUGCUGGUUCUAUUUUGUGAAGGGAUUAUAUUUUUGGAGAAAGGAAAUGCUUGGUUAGAUAUAUUUUGUGAGCCAUUGACGCCAGUCCUGCCGGGGCUGGGGCUCAGCAGUAGAACAUAGCAUAGCACACCCAGAUUCUGCACUCAGCUCCAGUACACUGGAAAGGAGAGAGACACCAGGCUGGCUGCCUCGUGUGACUUCCCAUGUCACCUACCUUAGUCUCUACCCUCCUAGUUCUGUUUCAGUCCAGCUCACAGACUUGGGCUUUUCAGAAUAACACGGGCAUUCUUGCACUCUUGAGCACAAGUGAGACUUCAAGCAGCACAGACAGGAAGGGCUGUCUAGAGCAUGGUCCUGAAUGUUCUUAGGAGGCAAAGUCCCUGCUCCCCUGGGUGAACACUGACGUGUGAUUUUCACUCACCGGGAUCAUGGCAUAUUUAGAGUUAGUUUCACACAUGGGGAUGGCCUUGAACAGGAAAGGGGCUGACUGAAAUCUCGGCCUAGUCCUAGCAGGGUGGUGCUGGCCUCUCGUUCUGAUUCUGAGAAGGAAAUGUUUGCGAAAUUGAAAGGUCAAACAAGCUGCCCCCUCUGCCAGCCCACCUCAAGCUUUGCUGAACGUGCUCUGCUCCGCAUGCUGAAGCUGAGAUCCUGUUGCAACAAGAAGAGAGGAGGACAGCUUCCUUUAUGAAUGACCAAAUGACCGGUGCACAAUUUUCUGUCCAAGGAAAGCUUGUCAAGUUGUGGGUAUUAGUGGCUGACUGGUAUUAAACAAGACCCAGGAAAAAUUCCAUUUGGUAAAUCCUGGGGAGGUUCCAGAGUUUUGUUUUUCCUCCUCUAACUGGAUAUUGUGCUUGAAUUUGUGAGUCUUCUGAGCAAUGUUUUUAAAUUGUCUUGUGAAAUCAACCCAGGUUAUAUCGAUCUACUAACUUACAUCAAGUCUACUCUUGCCAGUGAGUGCCAAUAACAGUUUGGCAAAGUGAAAUCUUAGCAUGUUUCAGUUGUAGGAGCAGUAACCUUACAGUGUUGAGGAAACGGAGAAAGCUACUAAGAUUUGUCAUGUAACUUUUUAAUUGUCCAUACCAUAGCUACUAUGACUGUGUUAAGCGCACUGAAUAGAUGGUGUUCUUAGAAUGGCUGUCACAGCUACUAUCAUUUCCUUACCACCAUUCUUCUGGGGAGCACUGGGGAGUCAGCAAGAAAAAUGAGAUUAGAGGUAGUGACUUGUUUUAGUGUCCAGAAGCCCAGUAUGGAGUCACCACAGUUCCCAGACAACAGUGUGUGCAGAGCAUGCUGGGUCUUGUAUGAUUUCCAGUCUGCCGGUCAGACUGACUUCUCCCCUCCCCUUCUUCCUUUUCCUCUCUCUGUUGGUUGUUGUUUGAGACAGUCUUGCUAUGUAGACCUGGAACCCACCUCUGCUUCUGCCUCCCAAGCGCUAGAAUCACAUGCUGCUGAAAUAGCGCUCUUCUGAUUCCCUUUAGUUAGCUUGCCUUUAGAUUGAGUCGCCACCAUCUUCAAAGCCUAGCAAAGAAGUGCAGACAUGACUGGAAGGCCAGUAGCUUUCAAGGCGUAGUGUUGACUUCCCAUAGGCUUGUGGGACAAAGGAAGUGUGCUGCUCAUGACCAGACAGUGCCAUUUGAACAUCAGGUGAGUGGGAAACGCCAUACUGCUAGGUAUCUGCAGGCCAGAAGACAAUUUAAGUUCAGGAAAUACUUUGCCAAAUUCUGGGGGUUUAUUAAAAUCAAAGAGGAGAAAAAGGAAAUUUUGCCCUUGGAUGCUAAUAUUCUUUAGGUUCUCCUUUUCUGCUUUAUGAAGUUAACCCAAUAUUUCAUUUUCAUAUUGUGUGAAUUUAAUCAUCUAAAUAUGUUUCUCUUUUGUUAUUGAAAGGUACCAAAGGCUUCUUAUGUUUUGUUUGGCUCGUUUGAUUUUAUUGUGGGGUUUUUUUUUUUUCUAGAAAUACCUUUUCUAUAGAAAUGUCCCCAAGUGUCUGGGUCCACUUCAGUCUGUGUCAUUGUUUUUUUACCUCAGUUCGUUUGUGUUUGUCUCUCAAGGGAUUGGCGAAAUCUCAGAUUUUAUAUUCAGCAUUAAAGGAGAAUAAAUUCCAGAAAACAUGCAUUAUAAAACUGGAGUUGUUUCUUCCCAUUCCCUCUCCUUUUCCAACUUUUAUUCCUGAGUGAGCUUAGCUCCUUCCUGUUGUGUUAGGAAGCCGAGCUUUUGCUCCCUUCCGGGAAAGGGUUAGACUGUUACAGGCCAGAGCUCCUGCAGCGACUCACCUGAGGAGAAUGCUUGUGGUUUUGCCUGGGCACACUGGGAAGAGAGCAGAGCCCUCUCUGGCUGCCCAGGACUAAG